AUGGCAAUUCUAUUAGGUAGUGUCAGAAAUUUAUACCUAUGCUUAGUGUUAUCGAUGACGAUAAUCACUUUUAGCAAUGGUGACAACUCGGAAAAAUCCAAUCGUGAAGAGCAAAAGGAUAAUUUCGAUCACAACCUCUAUAAAUCAUUCUAUACAUCCGAUCAUCGAAAAAUUUCGGUCUAUAAUGACUUUUUACUGCCGUCCAAUGUCUACCUACUUCGACGUUAUUUGUCCGACGCUGGUCGAUGGGAGCAUACACUCAAAGAUUAUAAUAAUGGCAGCGAUUUUAGAGACGAUAGCCCUGAUCACAUCUUGUGGAAAUCCUUUCUCGAUCCUGAGUUCAUUGAAAAAAGUAAAAUUGGUCGUAAAGUCCUUCGCGCUGUUCAGCAUUUUAAAGGUGAUCAAGCAAGUGAUAACUACCACAUGUAUAAUGUCGCUGCUAAACUUGUCGUAAGAUCGGAAGUGCCUAAAGGGAGUAUCGAUGCUCCAGCUGAUGAUAACGAUAUCAGCGCUAUCCUCUAUUUAAUCACCAAAUGGAAGAAAAAUGACUAUGGUGAUAUUUUAUUCUAUGAGAAAAAUAAGGAAAUUGUGUGCGGUGUUCAUCCUCUUAUGUUUAGGAUGGUCAUGUUUGAUUCUUCCAUCGAACAUCUUUACAAGCCUCCAUCCAUCGAUAGCAAUGGCCCAGUAAGAACAAUCCAUAUUAAACUGACUAAAUCCAGUGAUAAAUUAAAGAAAGCCAUCGAAGAUUAUAAAGCACGAUCACAACAUCGAGUAGAUGCUCGAAAUAAGAAAUUAAACGAUAUCGCUCCUCUAUCGCAGCCGCGAACUAUCGAUGUCGAGAAACAUAUUACACGACAACAUGUAGCCCAAAGUGGUAAAAAAAUCUACGUCUUAGAUAACGUAUUUACUCCUCAAGAAUUACAAGGCUUAAGUCGAAUUAUUGAAUAUAAGGAAUAUGUCCAUCAAAGUUAUCUUGACAAAGGAAGCGAUGGUGUAUCAUGGUUAGCAUCUUUCUCUCUACAAGACUUUGUCGAUAGUAAUUUAUGGAAAAUCCAUCAACAAGUGGUUCGCUAUGUCGGCAGUCGUGAUACCUAUUUCCCCUAUGAUGUCUCAUGUAAUAUGAUUAAAAAUACCGAUAAUACUCGAGUCCAUGAUGAUUGCUCACAAACUGCUGAUCAAUGGACAAUGGUAACUUACUUAAAUCCAAAUUGGACUGCACAAAUGGGUGGAGAAACCGCUUACUUCGAAAAAAAUACCGAUGACAACGACUAUGUGAUAGAAGUGAGGCCACGUUAUGGUCGAAGUGUUAUUUUUCAGAGUACCAUUUACCAUUCAGCAAGGCCUCCAUCCAAUGAUUUCGACGGUCUAAGAUAUUCAUUCUCUGUCAAGAUGGCAGAAGAUGAACCACAAGCUAGAUUAAAUCGAUUAUCGGAAGAUUAUGCAAUUUAUGCAGGAAAUGUGGAUCAGUAUGAUUACAUUAAAAGAAUUGCACACAAAUUAGGCUCCAAAAAACUGGAGAAAAGUACUUUAAGUAUGCUCUUAGAUGAAGAUGAACUAAUAACUGAUAAUGGCUUCCAUAUCAAUGAGGAACAAAAUCAAGACGCAAUUGGUGAAGGAAAUGAUCAACGAUCACAAGAGAGCAAUACCAACAAUCAAAAUAAAGCAGCAAAAGAUGAAGAAUUCGAGAGUUUGGCGGAAGCCUAUCGUCAUCCUCAUCGAUCACUGCCUGAAAUAGAAAAUAAAGCAGGUGCCAAAGAACGCCUGAAAUUAAUUAAGACAAUUGAAAAGCAUAGAUAUAACGGAGACAAGAUGGCUAAGCUACAAAACUCCAUAGAAAUGAAGAUAUAUAAAACAGCCGAUAAAUUAGCAGACCAAAUUAGUAAACAUUUAUAG